AUAAAAUGAUGUAAGUUUUAAAGUUUGAAAGAAUGUUUCGUUCGUUAAACAAAUGUGGCCUUCUGAUAAAAUAAAUAUUAACAACGAAUUCAAAUUUUGAACACAAUAAAACUUAUGUACCGGUUAAGAACACAUAAUGGCAAAUAUUACAUAAACGGUCUAAAUGAUCAUGCCGUCUAUUUCACCAAGUGUACCUGGGAUUUCUGGAAGAAAAAAUAAAAGUCCAUCAUUACCAGAACGCGUUGCCCAAUUAUAUUAUAAACAUGGGCUAUUUUGUAGUUCUUAUCCUUUUUCAAUAAGCGCUUUUGCUUUAACUAUUGCGUUAUUAUGUUGUUAUCCACUUGCAAAUAUUCCCUUGCCAGGGAAUAUGCCACAACAAGUUUUAUGGUCCAAAAACGAAUCAAGUUUAAAUGAUAUUAAAUGGGAUAUUCCAUUUACAUGGGCUAAAAAACCACCAUCAUGUUUUAUACAACAAAUACUAUUUCGUGCAGCUGUAUUUCCAUGGUCCGAUAAUCUAAUAUUGACUGAUGCAUUUCGUGGUCCACUCAGUGAAGCUUUUAAAGUUUUAGAAAUUGUACGAAAUCACCAAGAUGAGUACAACUCGAAAACUUUGGAUCAUUUAUGUUUACAUGUAGAAAAUGUGAAACAAUCAUUGCAUCGAACAAAAGAUAUUAUGCCAGAAUAUAGUUGUCUGUUGUUAUCACCAGCAAAUAUGUGGCAGAAUAAUGCACAAAAGUUUUUUGCAGACACAAACAUAUUAGGAACUGUAUAUUCGCACCAAAAUUUACAAAAGGGAAAAAUAUCAAUGGCUGAGGUAUUAUUUGGAAUGCAGUUAAAAGAUACAGGUGUUAAACGGUAUCCAAUUAGGAAGCGAUUGCGAAUUAUUCAAUUUGCAAUUACAAUUGUUUUAAAAGAAUAUGACAAAUCAUUUAUUUCAUCGUUAACGAAAAAACUACAUCAUUUUUAUCCAUUAUAUACAAAUAUUUCUUUGACAAAUUCGAGUGAAAUAACAAAAUAUGAAAAUGAAGUCGUGCAUAUAUAUUAUCCGGGCGAAUUUAAUUAUUAUGAAUUUAUUCCACUAAUUGUUGCUUUUAUACUAUUUUUUAUUUAUAUAUAUUUUUCUGUACGAAAAAUUGAAUUUGUUAAAUCAAAAGCUGCAAUGGCAUUUUCAGCUGUUAUAACAGUCAUGUUAUGCCUAUGCAUGUCUGUAGGAAUUUGUUUCUUUUUUGGUUUAACAUUAUCGUUACAAGGCAAAGAAGUAUUUCCAUAUUUAAUCAUUUUAAUUGGUUUAGAGAAUGUGCUUGUAUUAACGAAAUCCGUUGUAUCAACACCUGCACAUUUAGAUGUUAAAAUUCGUGUUGCACAAGGUUUGAGCAAAGAAGGGUGGUCAAUUACAAAAAAUCUUUUAGUUGAAAUUACGAUUUUAACAUUUGGGUUGUUCACAUUUAUACCAGCCAUUCAAGAAUUUUCAAUAUUUGCGAUUGUUGGUCUAAUGUCGGAUUUUUUCUUACAAAUGUUAUUUUUUUCAACGGUCUUGGCCAUUGAUAUUCGUCGUAAUGAAAACAUUCAACGACGUACUCCGUACCAAAACAUCAGUAGUUACUACGAUAAAACGUAUCCACCUGUUCAAUUGAAAACAACGGGAUUAAAUCGUUCGAAAUCACAUCCACGUUUGUCUGGAUGUGCUCACACAAAUAUUGUAGCGGGUCAAGUACAAAGUGCCUCUGAGAAAAAAAUUCCAAAACGUUUACGACUGGUACAAAUUUGGGCACGUACACGUUUUUUUCAACGUGGUUUUAUGCUCUGGAUGGUUGUAUGGAUUUCAAUGUUAGUUUACGAUAGUGGUAUUAUCGAAAAUUUUGUUGAUAUCCGCGAAGAGCAUUUGAGAUCGCCAAAGAAGUUGAAUGAUAGUGUUACUGUUAUUCCAACACAUGUAAAUACAUUACGAAUGGAAAAUAAUUUUAUUAAAAAAGCAAUUGAUGAUAAUUCGUCAUUAUUAAUUGAUACGGUAACAACGGCUUCUAUUCCUAUUUAUCCAACUGAAAAUACGGCAACAACGCAUUAUGUAGAAAUGAAAUAUGAAAAUGAUAAUAAAACUUCAGAGGAUCUCCUUAAAUUAAAACAUUCUGAUUUGCAAUUAUCACGUAAAUUGUCCAAUUUUCAUUGGCCAGCUAUCGUUAAACCAUAUAAUUUGUCGUUAAGUGACAGUUAUAUCACUAUAUUACCAACAAUUCGUAUUUCGCAUAUUAUUUCACCGGAUCAAGUGAUUGGUAUUCGUAAUCCUGAAGAGAAACCUAUUAAACAUUUCCAAUGGUCAGCAUUAGCUGCGGCCCUUGACCCUCUAGAUUUUAAUGAUGGUGAAUCCAAAUCAAAUCAUGGUAAUUUUGCGGAACAUAUGACACCAUAUUAUCCAAGCUCACCAAUGGAAAUUAUGUUUGCGACAAUUUUAUGCAUAAUCAGUACUGUUGUCCUAUCAUAUGGUUUUGUGGUUCUAUAUCGUUGCGUUUGUACACGAAAUUAUGCAGAAUGGCGUGCAAGUUGGGCAAACGAUAAAAUUGAAGAACCAUCAACACAACUAAUAAUGGAAGCCGUUCCAACAGUUAUGGAAGGGCAUACUCAACAAAUAGAAUGUAUAGCAACGGAUGGUAAUCAUGUUGUUAGCACAUGUUUAGCUGGUAAAAUUAAAAUAUGGGAUGCCAUCACUGCUGAGCCUGUCAAAUCAAUCGACAGACAAUUGCAUUUUGAAGAACAACAAAAAUUUAUAAUCUUAACCCAAAAUGUGGAGUCUGAUGAAAAUCUAUUAUCAGACUAUGAGUCUGGUUCACCACCAUCACGUGAUGAAUUAAAUAUUGGAUGUAUAAAUAAUACAAAUAAAAGUAAUUAUAUACCAAUGUUACAAGAAAAAAUCAAUUUUAAUUUUCAAAAUUUAAAGACUGAUAAUAGUAGUGUUUUAGUGAAGACUGAUAACAGUGAUACAGAACAACAAAAACCAUAUUUUAAUUUUGAUUCUGUUUACAAACAGUUAUAUGUGAAAGAUAAUUUAAAACGAACGAAUUUUAAACAAAGUGAAAUUGAAAAUUGGAUGUUGAAUAAUGACAGUAAAAUAAGUUUAGUGAACGGUUGUGGUGGUGGAGGUAGCGUGAAAAAAACGAACAGUAAUGAAUAUAUUAAUAUUUAUAGUGAACAACAACAAUCAAAUGUUCGAAAAUAUUCAAAACAAUUAGUUUUAAGUCAUUCAAAAGUGCCACCAAUAUGGUGUUUAGAUUACGUGGAUAAUUUAAUAGCUUUAGGAUGUUCAAAUGGUCGUAUUGAAUUUUGGGAAGGUACUACUGGUAAUUUUAAGUGUUUAUUUGAUGACGCAUCUGAAGUUGGCGUUACAUCUAUUAAAAUAAUUGCAAAUCGUGUUAUAGCAGCUAAAUUAAAUGGUUAUUUAGAUUUUUUACAAUUAGAAUCAUAUACGCAGGGUAAACAAAUCGAUUGGAGUUUUACAUCAGCCUACAGACGAACACAUGUUCGUACAGGAAGUGCUGGAUCACUUGGUGAUUGUAGAGAUUUAAGAUGUAGUUCCGAAGAUUUACGUUGUAUUCGUUUAAAUACAAUAAAAGCACAUCAACAGCCCAUAACUGUAUUAGACUCAGAAGGGGGUCGUGUGGUGACGGGAAGUCAAGACCAUACAUUAAAAGUUUUUAGAUUAGAGGAUCAAACAGUUUUAUAUACAUUGCACGGUCAUUAUGGUCCUAUUACAUGUUUAUUCAUAGAUGUUAUUACACCAAUGAUGUCUGGUAGUGGGUCUCAAGAUGGUUUACUGUGUGUGUGGGAUUUACUAACAGGUACCUGUAUGUAUAGCAUUCAGGCUCAUGAUGGUGCUAUUAAUUCACUUACAUAUUCCGCUAGUUACGUUAUUUCAUUAGGUGUUGAUGAACGAUUAUGUGUGUGGGAACGGUUCCAAGGUCAUUUACUUAAUACUAUUCAUAUUUAUCAUUCUUAUGCUAGCAGUAUGGUAAUGAUUACAGAAUGUUUGUUAGUGACAGCGAAACAAGGUAGUCUUACAGUUUGGGAUGUACGCACAGGUGAUACCAUACGUAAAGUUACAUUAGGUGAUCAAGAUUCAUGUGUCUUCGUUAAACAAAUACUUCACAUUACACAAGCAUAUUCGGUUGUAUGUGAUUAUGGUAAUCAACUACGAAUUGUUCGAUUUCCUCUUGUUCAUGACAAAUUUGAAUAACUUACUUCAUAAGCAUGAACGAUCGUUUUUUUUUAUUCUAGAUAAUUAAUGACUUUUUUUAAUUGAUUCGCAUUUAAUUAAUAUUUUUUAUCAAUUUCAAAAAUGUUCAUCAUAUGUAUAAAUGUUUCCCCAUAAUAGAAUUUUUCAGAAAUAUGAGAUCCAUGUACAGUGCGUGGUGCUAAUUUUAGAAAAUAAUCUUAUAAAGUUUAUAGAGAAGUCAAAUUCUUGUUUAAAUCAUUUCGUAUAUUGUGCUUAUUUUAGACAUUGUAAGAGAGACGUUAUGGUGUUUUUCCUCGAGACUAUUCCCACAUAAAAGUUUAAUGUUCCUUUAAAACGAAAUGAAUAGAUUGCCUCGAUUUCGCCCGGAAAGUACUUUUAAACAACUACAUAUUGUUAGUAUUUUUUAAAUUUAUAUUAUACUAGCUGUCCCGGCAGAUUUCUUUCUGUCAAAAGUUAUUGGCCUAUCCCUGCCCAAUAGAAAAAAUAAAUUAAAAUUUAAUUUUAUUAUUUAAAAAAAAUAUUGGGUGAUGGUCCAGUAGUCUUACCACUUAACCACAAAACUUAGAUUUUUUACAUUAAGUAUUAGUUUAAACACAGUGGCCAAAGAUUCUUUUUUAUUAUUUUCUUCGCAAUUUUCACGUUUUUCUCUCCAUAAGAACCUUUCUUGUGCCUUAACAAAAAUUUGAAGAAAAAAAAUUAGCCGAAUUUGUCGAGCCGUGCUCGAAUUUUGUGCAUAACAAUACAUUUGGCGAAUCAUUUUUAUUUAUAUUGAUAUAUUUAAAAUUCAUAAUGAUUUGUGAUGAUGACCUUGUAUGAUUGUGUACCUGAAAUGAUUUGUUUCUUAGGAUCUCUUACUACAACGACGAGCUUUACAACAAUGUAGUAUUAUAAUAAAACGGUUAAAAAUCCAUAUUUUACAAAACAGUAGCGCUGCUAUUUAUUUUUUAUAAAUACUAGAAGUAUAAAACACUUUUAUUUUUUGAAAAAAUGUAUUUUUACAACGAGGCUUUAUUACAAAAACAAAGCAUUUUAAACUCUUAAGAUAAUUAUAAGAUUUUAUACUAAAAUU